AGCUGGUCUACUGUUGGUCACAGGUGUUGUAUGUUUCCGUGCAUCUGUAGCCAUGUUGGCUCCAGCCAUUUGGGAUCAAACCAUGUUGUUUGAGAGCAGAUUCCGCACAUCGUCGAGGGUGCCCGCAGUAUUCGAGUUGGUACUUGGUCGGCUCCUUGUCUAGAUUCGUGUCAGCAUUUAAGGUCAAUUAUGCGCUCGAUUGUUGCAGCCAGGCGGUGCUUCCUCAGUCGCCCACCGGCUUCUUUUACCAUACUCGAUCAGUGUCAUGUCCGGCGUUUUGCGGCUGACGUAGUGCACCCUCUUGGAGGGACGGUGUCAGAUUUCAAGAAUAUACCAAACGUUGCAACUGCAACGGUUACCGAUUACGCAAAGUGGUUGGGUUCUGUUGAUCGGAAACUUCAUGUUGUGUUUGGUCGAGAUUCAGAUGCAGUUUUUGGACUCUUCGAUGCCCAGCCAAGUAUGGACAAUUUUGUUUCUGCAAGCAUUGGCGCCGGCGGAUCUUUUGAGGAUGGGGGUGUUGGCUUGGACGGCCAGUUUGAUUCUGCCCUUGCAGAUGCUGGACAUUCACCCCGAGAUUUUCAAAAGGUGCAUCAACAUUUGUUUGAUGAAGCAUGCAAGAGACCAGGGAUGUUGGUGGCUGCAGUGCCAGAGGCCUUGAAGCAGGCAGAUGGUCUGGAGGCAGCAUUCGCUAUGACUGCUACUACUGAUGGUCGAUCAUUCGUAGCAUUGGAUAUAUUCAAGAGGGAGUAUCGCCCGCUACAUGUCGAGAACAUCGCCAUGGUCUACUGCGUGCGGCCAGAUCGGGCACUUUUUGAAUGUGAUGAAGAGUUUCUAGAAGCUUUGUCGCUAUUGGGUGAAGUAUGUGCGCAUGCUUGCAAUUGCUACAACUACCGGGUUGCGAAUGACUUGUCAAACCUUGCCCUACCACCUGUGUGGAGAGUCCGCAUGGGGUUGGUCAGCGGUGGAAAGCUAGCUGCUGGCGAUGUGUCUGACACUGCGGUCGCACUUGCUCUUCUUCGAGGCUUGGCCACCGGCACUGCGCUGGAUAUUGACACUGCGUUCGGUGCGCAAGGCGGCGAUGAAAUGGAGUUUGAGAUGAUUGGCAACGCAGAUUCGUUCCAGGGUGCCUGGGACGAGUUACGGGGUUCCCCUGAGUAGAUGGGAACUCUCUGGAAGCAUCUCCCUCGGGCGUGCGUGCGUAGACGGCACAAACAAUGUGGCGAUUGCUUGGCAGAUGCGUGAGAAGAGAAGGUGUGACACGCCUCCGUGCAGGUGCAGCCGCGAGCCUCGCAGCUCGCACUUCCGCCUGCUGCCCGCGCUUCAGGACCCUCGGCGCCGCGGACUUGAAAUACGGGGCGUGACAACUCCCGCAUGAAAAGAGCAGCCGCGAGCUCACAGUGUGCAUGCUCUGCACAGGUGCACGUCCCACGGUGUGCUCUGGGGCCUCCUCGGGCAGUGCUGCCCCUCCCGGGCAGGAGGUGCGGGACCCGGGCCUGCCGGCGCUGCCCACACGGGGAUGCCUUCGAAGAAGGUCGACGGGCUCCUCAGGAGGCAGGGGCCGCCGCAGGAGGAGGAGGAG